GGGUUUAACCAACAAAGCUACACUCACACACUCAAUGACAUGAGACGGACUACAAGCCGGAAGAAACGAAUUCUCAACACCGAAUGACUUAAGACUUCUCAGGAAAUGGACGUGAUCAAUUUAGAUUUACGAUCUGAUGACCUUCAAGAGUCGAAAGACCCAGACUCCCCAAAUGUGUCCGAGAAAGAGGAGGAACCUCUGCUCCGGGAGAACCCCAGACGGUUCGUCGUGUUCCCCAUCCAGUACCCCAAGAUCUGGAAGAUGUACAAGCAGGCACAGGCCUCGUUCUGGACGGUGGAGGAGGUUGAUCUGACCAAAGACUUGCCACACUGGGAUGGUUUGAAACCUGAGGAAAAACACUUCAUCUCCCAUGUCCUAGCCUUCUUUGCUGCAAGUGACGGCAUCGUCAAUGAGAACCUGGUGCAGAGGUUCUACCAGGAGGUUCAGGUCCCUGAAGCUCGCUCGUUCUACAGUUUUCAGAUCCUCAUAGAAACUGUUCAUUCAGAGAUGUACAGCAUGCUUAUCAACACUUAUAUCAGGGAACUGAAAGAGAGGGACUAUUUAUUCAAUGCCAUUCAGACGAUGCCUUGUGUGAGACGAAAAGCAGACUGGGCCCUCCAGUGGAUAAAUGACAGCAAAUCCACAUUUGGGGAGCGGAUUGUGGCUUUUGCGGCAGUGGAGGGCAUCUUCUUCUCUGGCUCAUUCGCUGCCAUCUAUUGGCUCAAGAAGAGAGGAUUAAUGCCCGGCCUUACCUACUCCAACGAGCUGAUUAGCAGGGAUGAGGGCCUGCACUGUACCUUUGCCUGCCUGCUGUUCAGCUACCUGGUGUAUAAACCAUCAGAGGACAGGGUGAAGGACAUCAUCACCAAAGCUGUUAGCAUUGAGCAGGAGUUUUUGACAGAGGCCUUGCCAGUGGAUCUCAUAGGAAUCAACUGUUGUCUGAUGAAGCAGUACAUCGAGUUUGUGGCCGACCGGCUUCUCGCUGACCUCGGACUGGCAAAGGUAUACCAAGCGGAAAAUCCAUUUGACUUCAUGGAGUCCAUUUCACUCGAGGGGAAAACCAACUUCUUUGAGAAACGAGUAGCAGAGUAUCAGAGAUUUGGGGUGAUGUCGAGCAUGGAAGACUGUGAAUUCACUCUGGAUGCAGACUUCUGAAAUGGAGACGACAUACUGUUGCGCAAUAUUUAUAUCUAUUCAUUUACUUUGAGCAGUUACUGUCAAAAGUCUCUUUUCAAUACUAUCACAGUAUUACAAUGGACAAAUGAAUGGAUGACAGGUUAAAGCUUUUAAAGGGAUUGAGAACUAAACCUGGACUUAAUUAGCAGCCAAUACAGUUUGCAAAGUGAAACGGAGUAAACAAAUGGAUCCUUCAAGCCCUUCUCAUGGCUGUUUUUCUUUUUACCAUUACAAUGCAGAUAUGUAAAUAACAUAAAACACAAGUUUUGGUUAAAUAUAAAUAUCUUGAUUCUGAUGUACCCAAUUGGAUAUUUGAAGUGGCAAUCUCAAAGAUUAUUUAAAUACAUGUCUAUGCUAUACACAAAAUGGUGAUUGAAAAAUGCUGUUCUGUUUAAUUGUAUUGUACACACACAACAAAUAGAAAAAUCUCAAAUAUAAUUUUUAAAUCAAGCAAGACUGAAAUCUUAAGGAUUGCCACUUUAAUAUCUACAAUAUAUUUUAUCAAGUCUGCAGUUCUGGCAAUGGGUUGUUUUGUCAUUUUGUAUGUACAUUAAAAAUGUUUUUAUCGUAAUUAAAUAGUAUUUGUGAUGAA